AGUAAUAACCAAAAUUGGUCAAUUUUGAAUUUACAAAAAAUUCGCCAAAGAAAUUUCAAACUUGAAACCUCUUUGUAAUUUUUUAUUACUCUUUAAAUGACUCCUGUAGGUACGACUACGCACAAUUGCACAACUUGAAAAUAAAUAAAGGUAACGCAUCGACUAGAGCACUUUCCGGUGUCAUAUCCUCGAUUAUUAUUUGAAGAAUUGCCCGUAGGUACUCAAUAAUCACGAGAUCACUCGAACAAGGGAAGUGAAUAUUACUUACACCACGGUACGAAAAAAUAAUAUCUUACAAAAAUUAUUUAAAUAGCGAUACAUGGAGCAAUAAUCUGCACAAAACCGAUUUAUUCAGACCACAUAAAGUAAUGUUCAAUUUCGAAUUACCCCGGUGAACUUUUUGUCAUAAAAUUUUACAUUUUUCCGUCUUAUUUACCUACCUAUCUAAAAAAUUACACAGUGAAAAAUGAAAUUCUUCCAAGUAUCAAUUUUAUUAUUAUUCGUGUCGGGUGUCCUUACUUUCGAUACAGAUUGGUGGAAACAUGCCAGUAUUUACGAAAUAUACCUAAAAUCGUUCAAAGACAGCGAUGGCGAUGGAAUAGGAGACAUCAAUGGUCUAAUUUCCAAACUCGAUUAUUUGGUUGAUAUUGGAAUAGACACCAUAUAUUUGGCACCGUUUUACCCUUCUCCAAUGGUUGAUGGUGGUUACGAUAUAACUGACUUUAAAGGUAUCGAGCCCACGUAUGGUACAAUGCAGGAUUUCGAACGACUGAUUAAAGAAAUGAAAUCUCGAGGUCUACUCCUCGUAACAGAUUUAGUGAUCAAUCACAGCAGUAACAAACACGAAUGGUUUCAAAAAUCAAUCGAUAAAAUUAAUCCAUACACAGAUUACUACAUUUGGAAAGAUCCAAAAGGAUACGACCAAAAGGACAAUCCUAUUCCACCAAAUAAUUGGUUCAAUAUAUUCGAUUUUUGGACCCCUGGUUCAGCUUGGAAAUGGAACGAGAAAAGACGACAGUUUUAUUUCCACCAAUGUAUGGUCGAGCAACCGGAUUUUGAUUUACGAAACAAUGCUGUUAAAAAGGAAAUAAAGGACAUAAUGAAAUUCUGGCUUGAAAAAGGAGUAGCAGGAUUUAGAGUAGAUGCGCCGAUGGUGUUCAUGGAAGACCCUCAACUUCGAGACAAUAAACCACUUGGACUGGAUACAACGGUUUUCACAGUUUUCGAAGGCAUGACAAAUACCUUCAAUCACCCGGAUACGUUUAGAUUCGUGAAUGAAUUGAAUGCAUUUGUACGAGACUACGAUCGGAAGAGUGGAAAACCAAUUCAAACACCGUUGAUAGGAGAAACGUAUGGACCACCCAGGUCAGUGAUGAAGUACUAUGGAACAAAGCGAUUUCCAGCGUUCCAUUUUCCUCUGAAUUUUCUCGUCACUACGAUGGAAACGUAUCUGAAUGCUCGUGAACUUCAUGAUUACCUUCAAACUUGGUUGGAUUUGGUACCCAGGGGUAUGACAUCGAAUUGGGCGCUGGGUAAUCACGAUAAGGGAAGAGUUUCAUAUCAAUUCAACGCAGAGUACAACUACAUCAUGUUAGCAUUAGUUACAAUGCUCCCAGGAGCAUGUCAAGUCUACUACGGAGAAGAACUGAACAUGGGGCAAAAUAACGCUGUCCGAUUAAAGGAUCCAAUCAACAGAAACUUUCAUCGCACACCUAUGCAUUGGGACGAUACCAGAAAUGCAGGUUUCUCCACUGCUGAAAAAACAUGGUUACCAGUGAACCCAAAUUACUGGAAUAACAACGUCCAAAUCCAAAAAACCCACCAAAACAGCAGUUUGAAUUAUUUCAAGGAUUUGAUGGCUCUUAGGAAAGCAGAUGCUAUAAAACGAGGCGAUUUGAAAUUCCACAUUGUGUCGGAUUGGGUGCUGGCAUUUUCUAGAACUUUCAAACAUACCAGUUACAUUAUUAUAAUGAAUUUGGGAACUGAAACUCAACCCAUUGAUUGGCUCUCUGAGAUCGAUUACCUUCCAGCAAGUUGGACUGUGGUGGCUUCCAGUUCAAACUCAGGGUACAAAAAAGCUUUCAAGAUGGAAAUUAACAGUCAAUAUCCGCAUUCGUCAGUCCUGCGACCAAAUUCUGUCCUUAUAAUGAGAUCCGAGUAAACUCUUCCAAUAAAAAUAUCAUCAAACAUCCCAUUCGUAUAAUCAUAAUUUACUGGAUUUUAAUUUACAUAUAAUUUGAAAGGAGCAAUUUUCAAGACCAAUCAUACUCCAAUCACGACUCAGCUCCACGAGAAUAAUAUUUUACUUUUCUGUAAGCAAUAUACAUACCUAACGAUAAUUCAAGUUGUAAAAUCAUGUUGAAAAAAAUUUUAAUUCGAUAA